UUGUUGAGGUUUUAGAGAAAAGGGGAUUGCUUGGUAUUAGAAACCUGGAGUUGAAGAUAAACGCUUUCUUUUGGUGUGGCCAGAGACUUGUGUUCUGCUGAAUUUGAGGAUUAUCUCCGAAAUUUAUUUCAUAAUGCCGCUUUUCCCAUUUAGCUUCAUCAACAUGUGCUCUUGUGCAAAUUAAUAGAUAUGUUCAGAGUAAUGACAAACGUUCAUGCUGCACUAACAACAACAAUGCAUACUAAAUACACACAGUUUAAUAAGGACUCAUUUUGCUCUUGAUGUGUGGUGACACUAAUAUAUUUGCACGUAUCAUUACUCAGAAAACAAAAAUGGUAAGAAUACAUUCAGAAAAGGGGUAGUUUUCACUAUCAUGCAUCGUGUGUUUUAUCUGUGUGGAGCAGUCUUUCAGCCUCACUUCUCUGACAAUGUGCACAGCUGAUGUAAAGCUAUUACAGGUUAAAUUAAUCCCCCGCAACAAAUCCUGUGAUUUCAUACAAAGUAAUAACACCUUUUUUUUCAGAGAAUUAAUGGAUUUCCACAAUCUGUCUUAAGCUCCUCUUAUAAGAGCUUUUGAAAACAGAUAACAAUAAACACCAUCCCAUCCUUUUCACUUGGGUUUAAUAGCAUCCGGAUUGUUGAUGUAUAGUUUGCGGAGCAUGUGAGAUCGCUAUCUAGCAGAUAUUGUGGUCCUCAAUAGAAGCAAUUGUAUCACAUCCACAUUGGUUCAACCAGUUCAAAAUUCAUUACUGGGGAUUAGAUUGAUAAAGGUUCAUUUUUUGUUGUAAGAGCAAUAUUUGGUACAAGAGGUAAAGUAAAGAAAAGCCACCCCUGCCCACAUUGCUGAUACGGAUGUUGUUGAUAUUUAGAGAGCUGCUUGGAUGGCUCUCUUAAAUUGAAAGUGAUUUUCACCUGUAAAACUGGCGCAUCAGAAAUGGCUCUAGUCAACAUCCUACGACUUUAUAAGGCCACUUACUACGCUACAAACACACAACUCAAGUGACAAGAUGCACAAUACUGAGCAGGGUCUACUUCCCCACUCCCCAAAACAAUAGUCAACCAAAAAUACAUUCAGAUAAAGUGAGAAAACACGAGGGGGAGGCUGAAAAAAACAAUUGUGAUUGCUUCAUGCCUUUCCUUGAUGUGAAGCUACAUUUUGAAGACAGUAUGUUUAUUAUUUCUGGAAAAUAUUACUAUGUUAUAAUUCCGAAUUGCAAUAAAAACACAUUGAUUAUGGACACAAAUCAAACCAGUACAAUCCAGACACAGGAUUACAAAUACACCCACAAGCUGACUGAUGAUAAAUGAAAACCCGACAUGGCGUCAGUUAAAAAGCACAGCGUCUCUGUUCUUUGCUGGACCGGAGCCCAACACCUCCUGGGGAAUGGGAGAUUGUAGCUGUGAGACCAGAACAUGCAGAGGAUCAACCUUCCUCUCUGUUUACACCAGACUUGCGUGUGCAUGGAAACGCAUUAACUGUUAAAGGAUCAGAAAGGACUAGGUAGUGAUACACAUCAAGCAAAACAACCACGCGAUUGCAGAAACUCCAUAUCUAAGAGCUACGUUAAUACACAUAUUAUGUUGCUUGAUUCUAAUUUGUUUUGCCCACACAAUCUGAAAAUGAGCUCUGGGCUCUGGAGUGUAAGUGGGUGGCUUCAACAUCACCGUGCAUGCUCUAUGAACUCAGGGCAACAUGUUUUGUUGUACAAGUAUUGAAGGUAGAAUGACUUUGUUAAUUAUAUUAAAACCCGUUUGAAUAAUUGUUACAUCCUCAUGAUAGAGCAGACAUAACAAAGCUUCACAAUUCUGUCUCGGCCAUUUUAAAAUUAAAAUAUUGGUGCAACAUCAGAGUUUUAUCCUGUUAAACAGGGAUUUGAAAAAGUGCAAAUUGUGUCAAAUGUAACCUUGGUUUGACCUAUUAAUUAUUAAUCAAGCUGCAAACAGUGAGAGACAACAAAGGAGACAAGGAUCAUGACAGUAAUCAAAAGGUUUCAACAACAAAAACAUUCUAUUUUAUAAAUGCAAUGCAGAAAAGGGCUUGAUGACCCCAGAGAUGUUUAUCUUUGCACCCCAGGGUGCUGCCUCCCAAAAGCUGAAACGACCCCUGCUCUGUGCCGGAGCAGCAAAAGAGGCCUACACAGAGCGGUGCGCCCCCAUGUGACCAAAAGACUACAAUGCGCGCGGUUGAACGGCAGAGCGACACAGCGCGGCAGGCAGCUCGCCACUCGCGAUAACUCGCGUCGGGCAGCAGCUGGGCGGAAAAGGCGGGAGAAGACUGCCGCUUCCGCGUCCGCGCGCACACACAACGCUGGGGCAAAAUGGACGAUAAGUUAAUAUUGGCCGUAUUUAAUUACCCAGAACUGUACAAUGUCACUUUGCCGAAUUACCGCUGUACGGAAAGUCGGGUAAAUGCGUGGAGAAGCAUCAGCAUCAUACUGGGUCUGCCAUCUGAGGAGUGUAAAAGAAAAUGGAAGAACAUGAGAGACCGGUACUUGAAGGAAGUCCGAAUGGAGAUCAAAGGCAAGAAACAAGGAGAAAUUGCGCAAAGCCGAUGGAAAUAUAGACAAUUAAUGAACUUUAUCGCACCCUUCACUGGAUCAAGAAGUGGUCUGGCAGACGUCUGCGGUAACAAUUUUGACGACCACGAUAAUCCCGACAACGAAUCUGGCAGCAGAGAAACCACAUCAUCGGAGGCAGUCAAGACGCCGCAGUCCGCCAUGAAGGGCCCCGCGAGUCAACCUGACCUCAAGCCCCAGGUAGGCUUGGUGACGCAGAUCCAUUCCAUGGCUCAAGACACACAGAUGGCCCAGCUGGCCAAGAUGCCCUCGAGCCAACCGAUCGGCCCCGUCAGCAAAACUGGACGAAAACGGCGCCUGAUGCAAGAGUCACUUUCACGGUCUUCUUUUCCCAGUGCACCGUCUCCCACGAAGUGGCUGGUCAAAGACAAUGGCACCUCGGUGCCCAUCAGGCCACGGGACGAGGACGAACUGUUCCUUCUGAGCUUUGUCCCCGCUCUGAAGCGACUUGCUCCACAGAAAAGGUGCGAGACAAAAAUAAAGAUCCAACAGAUUAUGUAUGAAGCGGAGUUCAACGUUGCACAGCCCGGAUCUCAAGAGAAACGGACAGCGCCAUCCAAGCAGGACUAGGCCAAACAGACUUCUUUUUUACGUUGUGCUUUAUAAAAACCUCUUCCACAAAAUAUCUAUUUUUCUUUUUUUACAGCAGUGGUUGAGGCUGAAGUACAUCCUUUUUUUAAAUGGGAAAUUCUAUUAAUGAAGAAUAACUAAACAUACUAUUGAGCAAG